GGGGGGCGUUGCCGGUUGCUGUUGUUUUUCAGUUCAGUUCAGACGGCAUGUCGGCAAGCCUGAUGUAAUUUCUACGCCUUGCAGGGCAUCAAGUAAAAAUUAUUGGAUUUUUUUGAAACUUUCAUCUCAAGUGCUGCAAAAUGCUUUCGUCCGGCCUACGAAUCCUGCAGCGGUGUUAUCCGCUACACUCAGCCUCUAAACUCAGCUCUUCCCUUUUGAGUAGAUUGUCAAAAUGCCCCGUCCAGUUGAGUUUGAAUUCGCCACUUGAACGAUCGCGUGUUACCAAGAGGUUUUUUGGCAGUACAGCGACCCAAUCGGAACCGGCUCAAAACGCAGCUGAAACCCAAUUUGAAGAGGAUGUUGAAGAGCAAAAAGGAACAAUAAAAGUCAUUAGCUACACUCCGACGGAAAUCUAUGAAAAUAAUAGCUUACUACAAGAAAUCACCGGCGGCGACCAGGACAAGGAAAAGACCCUGCGAAUUUUAUGUCUGGAGUACGACAUACUGCGGCAAGAGGGUUGUGACGUUCCGACCAGUAUAAGUGUCGAGAACUGGCAGACCCUGCUGGAUAUGCAGUCGAUCCAUGGACGCAAGAAAUUUCUCCGGUUUCUGUUUAUUAAAGAGAUAAGAAAGUCGCUGGAAAAAGAUAAGAAACAGCAGAGAAGGGAAAAGCGCUUGGCUCUUCAGGAGGAAAACGUGGUGGAGGAGGACGACGGACACAUCAAGUACGGACUUGGCAAUAACGCACUUUUCCACAGAAUUUAUGAAUCAACGAUCACAGAGUACGACAACUACCGCCUCAUCAGGGCAAUGGAACUGCAGGAGCAGAAAAUCUUCAUCGACUGCGGAUUCGACAGCAGUAUGUCGCCGGCCGAAAAAGGCAAUCUUGCAAACCAGCUCCAAUUUGCGUUUGCCUGCAACCGUGUGCACAGCGAGCCCUUCGACUUGCACCUCUGCAACGUUCAAAAAGACUCAAGCGCCAUCAGAAAGAUGAUGAGGGCUAUCCCAAUGCUCUUGGACACGUCCUUUCCAUGCAAUGUCACAGAAAAGAGCUACCUGGACAUCGUGCCCAAGGAGAGCAUUGUCUACUUGACCCCGCACUGCAGAGAGGUCAUGCGGGACUUUGACCAUGAUGCAAACUACAUAAUUGGUGGAAUCGUGGACAAGUCGAAUCAGGAGCCGCUGACCCUGGCCAAGGCCAAGCGGGAGGGACUUCGAAUGGCGAAGUUUCCCCUCGACGAGUACAUGCACUGGGGAGCCGGUGGGUCAAAGUUUUUAACUCUGGACCAAGUGUUAAAAAUUAUGUUGGACAUGAGAAAGACUGGCGAUUGGAAUUACGCGUUGAGACACGUGCCGAGGAGGAAGCUCAAGACAAACGAGGAGGUUUUGAAUUCAAUGAGUGCUUUUAAGAGAAGAAAAAAUCCAUUUGAAAAUUGGGAGGGCCGGGCGCCGCGAAAUCGAUUUGUGCUUCAUGAAGAGUAAAUGUUUUUUUUAAUUAGUGUUCGAAAGUAAUAAAGGAGAUGAAAACAUG